UGGAAUCAUAUAUAAUCACCUUGCAUAGUUGUAUUCAGCUAUACUGAUUUGUUCUUUUACAGAAGUUCAAAGACAUCAUCAUGGCAUGUGCUUUUGGAGACAUCAUGAAAAUAGACACCACCGGGGCAUCAGAGGUGACAGCAAAACAGGACAAAUUAACCAUAAAGGGUGCUGAAGCCUCCAAAAAACUGGCUGAGCACGACCUGGCCCGGAUGGAGAAAUACAAGGGUAUAAUCACCAAAGUUGGCAAAGCAAAAAAGAUGGACCCAGCCGUGAUUGCUGCCAUUAUAUCCAGAGAGUCGAGAGCUGGAGCAGUACUGAAGGAUGGUUGGGGUGACCAUGGCAAUGGAUUUGGCCUAAUGCAGGUUGAUAAACGCAACCAUAAGUUAGUAGGUGCAUGGGACAGUGAGCAGCAUUUUGCACAAGGAACUGAUAUACUCAUUGAUUUUAUUAAGGGCAUUAAAGCCAAAUUUCCCCAGUGGUCCCAAGAGCAAUGCUUCAAAGGGGGAAUAUCAGCCUACAAUGCAGGUCUGGGGAAUGUGAGGACAUAUGAGCGUAUGGAUGUUGGCACAACAGGAGGAGACUAUGCCAAUGAUGUUGUUGCCAGAGCCCAGUGGUUCAAAAGCAAAGGUUACUAAAGAACAGCAUUUAUUGACCUGAAUAACUCAUACAUUAUGUGAAACUGAGGAACAGUGUCCUGUAAACCUUACCUGUAAGACUCAACUCACAUUUGGAAAAAUAGCAUAACUUGAUUUCUCAUCAUUAUUAUAUCUGCUUUAUUUGUAAAAUUAUUUACCAUAAUUAAAGUAAUUAAGCAGAAAUUAUAGAUCCUUUUUUAUAUAAUCCUUUUUUUUCUAACAAUGUUUUUAAACAGUUUCAGGUGUUUAUGAAGUGUGAUCAUUUCUAUCUUUUGAUUACCAGUGCUAGCUAGUGCUUUUUACAUAGUGCAUUACCCACAAUGAUAAACAAAUGUGAUGAAAUAAAACUCUUUAAUAAAAUAAUAAUAACAUAAAUAAAACAGCAGUUUUAACCCUA